AUGGACAAGUCCUCCGCCCAGGCCAAAGACUCUACUCAGCCCGACCUUGCGCAAUACCAAGCACAAUGGACGAAAAUACAUAAUGAUACCAUCCGACAAAUCAAGCAAGCCAGAGAAAAGGAACAGGCGAAAGGCGCGGAUCCGAAAGGCUCUCGAUAG